AUGUGGGCUUUAGAAGAUUAUUGCAAUGAAUUUGCACAUGAUACCCUUACCUUUGAAAUUGAUUUUCAUGCAUGUUUUCCCUUGCAUUUGCUUUACCAGGUUACCCAGGUUGAUCUCCAUCGCCACUUCCACUCCCUUGGUGCUGGAGCAAUCGAGGAAGUUAGGGUUCAGCGCGAUAAAGGAUUUGGAUUUGUAAGAUAUAGUACACAUGCAGAAGCCGCUAUGGCUAUUUCAUUGGGAAAUAAUCAAUCAUUUCUCUGUGGUAAACAAAUCAAGUGUUCAUGGGGUAACAAGCCAACUCCACCUGGAACGAGCUCAAACCCGCUCCCACCACCUGCACCUGCACCUUUCCCAGGCAUUUCAGCCACAGACCUUCUGGCUUAUGAGCGGCAACUUGCGAUGAGCAAGAUGGGUAGCGUACAGGCGUUCAUGAAUACCCAGGGGCAAAAUCCUCUGAUUCAAGCAUCUUUGGGAGUGGGCGCUGGUGCUAGCCAAGCCAUCUACGAUGGUGGUUUCCAGAAUGUGGCUGGUGCUCAGCAGCUCAUGUACUACCAAUGAUGUAACAAGAUUGGAGAUCAUGUGAAGAUCCCUUGCGACAUCAUUUGAAAUUAGACAUUGUAGGACUGAGUUUAUAAUAUUUCUGUUUUGGGAUUCUUCCCCAACUUUAUAUGCUUGCCUUGCGUAUUGUUACUUUGAGGGAAAUUGGCCUCGUUAAUGUAGUAUGAUUUAUAGAAUUGAUCUCGUGUUCGGUGGGCAGGAUAAAAGCUUCACCAUUGACAUAGAGAGAAGAGUUUAAUGAGAGAUGCUUGGUGUA